ACCUAGUAACCACAUGGUUUGCUAACUACACGUAAGCAGUCAGGAUGGAUACAUACUCUCCAACCUCCAAGAGAUCGAAGGUGACUCUGACUAACUGGGUACGCCUGAACAACACCGCCCUCCUCCUACCGAGAACAUCAGCCGUCCAAUGGAAUGACUAUGUCUUUGUGCUAGCUAGUGAUGAUACAGCACUUUUCUAUCACAACAAACAUGAUAUCUGGUCUAUGCUGCCAAAAUCACCCUACAAAAGCUUCAACCAUACUCCUGCCUUGACCCUUCAUAACGGCCAUAUUCUUACGAUGUCUGAGAUAGGAGAUGUGUCUACGUUUGAUCCCAAACUAUGCCAGUGGACAGCACUUAAUGAUCUGAAUAUGUCCGAGGGUAGCGGACCACGAAUGAUUGCCAGUGACAACAACAACCUGUACUCUGUUGUCGACUUCAAAUCACCAGUGCAGCAAGAGCAACACUUUGGAUUAGGAUUAGGGUCACUAGGAAGCGGGCUAUCGCUAGGACAAAGGCUACAGCUAGAAGGAGUACUACCGCAAAGAAAAUGGCUAUCGCUAGGAGGAGAGCCACCGCUACGAGGAGGACUACCGCAAAAAGAAGGACUACAGCUAGGAGGACUAGGAGGAGAGCCAUCGCUAAGAGAAGGGCAACCGCUGCUAAAAGAAGGAUUACAGCUAGGAGGAGAGCCAUCGCUAAGAGGAGGACUACCGCUACGAGGAGAGCCACCGCUACGAGGAGGACUACCGCUAAAAGAAGAACAACCGCUAAAAGAAGGACAACCGCUAAAAGAAGAACUACAGCUAGGAGGAGAGCCAUCGCUAAGAGGAGGACUACCACUACGAGGAGAGCCACCGCUACGAGGAGGACUACCGCUAAAAGAAGGACAACCACUAAAAGAAGGACUACAGCUAGGAGGAGAGCCACCACUAAGAGGAGGACUACCGCUACGAGGAGAGCCACCGCUACGAGGAGGACUACCGCUAAAAGAAGAACUACAGCUAGGAGGAGAGCGAAGAAAAGGACAACCGCUAAAAGAAGGGCUACAACUACGAGGAGAGCCACCGCUACGAGGAGGACUACCGCUAAAAGAAGGACAACCACUAAAAGAAGGACUACAGCUAGGAGGAGAGCCACCACUAAGAGGAGGACUACCGCUACGAGGAGAGCCACCGCUACGAGGAGGACUACCGCUAAAAGAAGAACUACAGCUAGGAGGAGAGCGAAGAAAAGGACAACCGCUAAAAGAAGGGCUACAACUAGGAGGAGAGCCAUCGCUAGGAGGAGGACAACCGCUAGGAGGAGGACUACCACUAGGAGGAUUAACACCAGCUUCUUACAGAUACACUGGAGGAUUAUUCCCCGGAGGAUUACCUGGAGGAUUAUACACCGGAGGAUUACAACGAGCUCGCCUCAAACACACUAACUGCACUGUAUUCUCAUACGGCCUAAAUUCCAAGUGGGAGAAGAUCUGUGAGAUCAGAUCAAGCCCUCUCAAAUCUGCAGCAGUGGUUGGUGGAACCCUCUUUGUUCACGCUGGAGAAAAGCUAUUCAAAUUAACUUUGACUACACAACUAAAAAUGGCUGCAGAUUCGAAACUUGAGGGACUUUCAACACCAAUGACUCCUGGGCUCGGCUUCAGUUCCCAAACAAAGCUACCCCCCAAACGAGAAAUACAAUCUGCAACAGCCUGUGCCAGUCCUACGUACGUGGGAUCAACUCUCCAUGCCAUAAAAGAUACUCUCUUUUCUUUCGGAGGGCGAGACAAAUACAAUCAACCAACAUCUGACGUGUUACGAUAUAACCCUGACACUGACACCUGGGAGAGUGCCGGCUACAUGAGGAGUGCUCGCUACAAUGCUACCGUGGUAACCGUACAAGAUACGACGACAAUGGAUGUGAUUGUGCUAGGAGGGAGCCUCGGAAGCAGUGAGUAUAUCAUGCCACAACAAGUGCGCCCUCCAAGUAACCCUGUACUACACGGUGGUGGACUUUUCGGAACUUCCCCAACUCCUCCUACCUGGGACAACAAGACUAGCAUUGUAGAAAAAUGCACAGUCCACUGAACAGUAUACAUUAAGAGCUACAUAUGUAUGUGUACAUGUACACCAGAAUUAAUUUUAAAUUGUGGCAAAGAUUUAAGCAAUUAUUAUAUGUUUUGGGUAUAUAUGCCAUUUAUAAAGCCAUUCAAAGUCAGAGAAGGUACGAC